CUCUCUUUUCUCUGGCUGUGCAACUACCGUGUGGAAUUUUGCUCUCUCCCUUCCUUCUCUCUCUCUCUCUUCAGCAGCUCCAAGCUAUGUUUCUGUUUCAGUGACACGUACUAAAGACAACUUUUUGCAGGCAGCAAACGUGGCGGUUUAAUCGUUCAAAACAUAUUCAACUGGAAACGGGACUAGAGCUGUGUCUUGAAGGCCCUGUGGGUGGAGAAUAUAACCAUACAUUUUACUGGACCUACGGGUGAAAAAAAGAUUGCAAUGGGGAUGAUGAUGGUCAUAAAGUUGCCAAUGGAAUGAUCAGCCUCGCUGAAUAGCAAUGCUUAGGUAUCUGGAAUAAUAGACACCCCCCCCCCCCAUGCUAAGGACGUCUUUUAAAAUAUACCAAAUACUGCAAUCUAACGCACCUCCCAAAACACCCUAAGGGAAGGAAAUCCCAUUUAAAUCUGACAAAAAAAAAACAAGCAAACUUUUGGCUUCUUUCGGAGCAAGCAGCAGCAGCAGCCGACAGCAUGACGACCUCGGCACUGCGACGGCAGGUCAAGAAUAUUGUCCACAACUACUCAGAAGCAGAGAUCAAGGUGCGGGAGGCCACCUCCAAUGACCCGUGGGGACCGUCCAGCUCCCUUAUGUCCGAGAUCGGCGACCUGACCUUCAACGUGGUGGCCUUCACCGAGGUCAUGGGCAUGAUCUGGAAGCGGCUCAACGAUCACGGCAAGAACUGGCGCCACGUCUACAAAGCCCUGACCCUGCUGGACUACCUCAUCAAGACCGGCUCUGACAAGGUGGCCCACCAGUGCAAGGAGAACGUCUUCACCAUCCAGACCCUCAAGGACUUCCAGUUCAUAGACCGCGAUGGCAAGGAUCAGGGCAUCAACGUGCGGGAGAAGGCCAAGCAGCUGGUGGCCCUGAUGCGCGAUGAGGAGAGACUCAAGCAAGAACGUGCCAACGCUCUCAAGACCAAGGAGCGCAUGUCCACCGUGGCCACCGGGAUCAGUAGCAGCAGUAGCCAACAGGUCAGCUACCCCAGCCGCCGCUCCAGCCAGCCCACCAUGUCCUCGCUGUACGGAGAAGAGUUCGGAAGGUCACGGGGUUCCCCUUCAUCUUAUAACUCCUCAUCCUCUUCACCGCAUUUGAACUCUGACCUGGAGCAGGCCCGCCCCCAGACCAGUGGAGAGGAGGAGCUACAGCUGCAGUUGGCGUUGGCCAUGAGCCGAGAGGAGUGUGAAAAGCCACAGCUGCAACCACGUUCACUGGCAGUUGAAAUCGAUGAAGACACCGAGCUGCAGGUUGCUCUGAGCCUCAGUAAGGAGCAGCACGAGAAGGACCAGCGCUCAAGGGAAGGCGAUCACUCUCUGCUGCAGAAGGCCUUAGAGGAGAGCCGGCUGGAGAGUGAGGACACUACUCCUCAGGGAGAGUCUGCCCUGCUCGACCUAGUGGACAUUUUCGGCCCAGUGUCUUCAGCACCCCCUGCUGGAGACCCAUGGGAUAUCACUGGGACUGACGGCAACAACCCCUGGUCUGAGCCCCAGACCAGCCCCUCACCCCCAGCUUUGCCUGCUACUGACCCCUGGGACACUGUCGAUGUGAAACCAGGCACUCCGGCUACAGGCAGCUGGUCAGACUUGACGACAGCAGUGUCCAGAGCCCCAUCGCCACCCUGGCCCUCCAAACCCUGGGGCUUCGACCAGCCCCAUGCUGACCCCUGGGAGACUCCAGCCAGCCCCACUCCCAAUGACCCCUGGGGUCACACAGCAGAUGGCCCCACGUUUGACCCCUUUGCAGAGACGUCUGAGGCCGGUGAAGAGGAAGCUAGAGAGCUCAAUGGGGCCCAUGCUCCUUCCACCACAGAGCUGGACCUGUUUAGUGAGAUGUUCCCCAGCACCCAGAUUAAUGGAACAUCUAGCCCAGACACAUUGGACCUGAAGCGGCUGGGAGACUCGCUGGCAGAAUCCAGCCUGAGGAACUGCAGAACUCCCGAGUCCUUCCUGGACCCCAGCGCGGCCUCCCUCGUCAACCUGGACUCCCUCAUCCCUGCCGGAGCGCCUGUGAGCAAAAACCCCUUCCUGUCAGAAAGGCCCCAGGGCAGAGUGCAGGAAAUGGGCAAGCCCUGCUACACUCCAGUGACUAAUGGGGUGCACAGAGAGCAACACAGCAGGUUUAUCACAGGGGGUCUGAGCGCCCCAUCUCCCACUAACCCUUUCCACUGCGAGCAGCCUCGCCUCACCCUCAAUCAGAUGCGUACUCCGUCGGCCUCCCCCCAGCCAGGCUCCCUGUCCUACAGCACCUCCCUCCCCCUGCCACUAAGCAGUCUGCCUGCGGCCAUGAGCCUGCCCUCCUCCCUCACCCAGCCGCCAGCCUCGGGAGCGCCCGCCUUCGCUUCUCCAGCGUGUCUCCUAGACAUCCCUGGCAACCUGCCUCAGCCCCUGCUGCCCAUGGCCCCACAGCAGCCUGGGGCCUCCGGCAGAAACCCCUUCCUAUGAACUGGCCUUGAGGCUUGACUUUACUGACCUGGGAUGAAUCGAUUUCCCGUCUGGACAAUCACGCAGCUUGGAGUUUUAUUUAUUUUAUUUUUGGGCAUUCUAACAAGGCACUCUACAAAGAACGCACAAGGUAAGCCAGCCCCUGCUCCCCCUCCAACUCUAGCCAGUCGCCCACCCCUGACAUAUUUCUAAUGAGGGUAUUUUAGGGCGGGGGCAUUCAUUCUCAGCGCUCUCCCUGUGUAACUCGUCGUUAUUUUAAUAGGCAGAAAAGGCUGCACAUCAGAAUGAUGUGGAGUUAUUUAUUUCAACUUCAGCUUCCUAAUGUAGCUGGCACUAUACUGAGCCGUGCAAUUCAACACACUGUGUCACAUUUCAAUGUGGCAGUCAUUACAGGGACCUUCAGAUCCUCCUUCAUCAGAUAAUCAGUUGGGUCCAGAAGGUUGACAGAACUGCAGCUGGUACUUUUAGUAUUGACCUGUAACAGGAAAGUGCUGCAAGCCUAGACUAAUGGCUAAAAGUGUUCCGGGGAGCUCCUUUUGACUGGAAACUCUGAAUUAUGUCCAUUCACUGGUUGUGGACUGUGCUUGACAAGGCAAGGCUGUCUUUGUUUUAGAAAGUCCCAGUUCACGCUCUGUCAGCAGUCCAGAAGGUUUUGGAUGUAAAUGACGCAAGAAACAGUUUGCCUGUAACUGUAAAAUGACCCGUAUCUUAAACAAAUAAUAUAUCAAUAAACAAAAGACUGUACAUGCACAAAUACAAUUUGGCAAUAAAUUAUCAAAAGGUUGUAUUCUAUGUUUUUGUAUGCCUUGUUUUAGAUCUGCAUUUUUCUCCCACAAACAGCAGGAAUGGAGCCUGUUUUUCAAAACCACCACCAGGUGGUGUCAGGUAACAGUGUGACACAAUAUUCAAGAAUUUUGUGAAAUCUUUUUAAAAUCAAUCAUUUAACUAAAUAUACGUUGUAGGUGGAUUUAAUGAUCGAAUAAUGAAUAUAUUAAAAAGCUAGAUAAAAUGAAA